AUAAUUCAUUAUCAAGAGAAGAUAAACAAAGGAAGGUGCGCCCAGGAGAAUUAUAGAUGCGCCUCCGUCACUGGCUAUUUACGUGCCAGAGCAAAAUCUUUUGGUAUGCUCCACUUUGUAAAGAUUGAGAGAGGAUUCGGAAUUGUGUAACUGGUUCCUUCGAUGAGGAUAUGAGAACAGGUAUUGUUUGGAUUUAGAAAUUUAGAAUGGGAAAGGGGAAAAGGAGCAGGGGGAGCUUUAGCAUCGCCAUCAACACUCCCCAGGCUGCCAAAUUACGCGAUGUGGUCCAUCAGAAGCUUUCAGAAUUUAUGGGGGAUUAUCCAGAUAUGGUUCUCGCUGAGUAUGUUGUGGUGCUUGUAUGUAAUGGCAAACAUCAACUUCAGGCAAUGGAAGAUCUGGAUGCAUUUCUUGGAGAUGAAAGUGGACCAUUUGUUGCCUGGUUGUGGGACCACCUUGCAGCAAACACCCAUAUAUAUAAGGCAUCAUCCCAAAUGCUGCGAUCAAUAGAAGGAACUGCUUUAGAUGAGAAAGAAAAAAGUAACUAUGAGAAGCAAACUAAAGAAUGGUCAAAGGAGAAACUGAGGACGACUCAUGAUAAACCCAAACAGAAUGCACAUACCAAAUUAAUGAUUAAACAUUCACUUGUUUCGACUAUGAGUCAUGAGGACUCUAAGGCAAAACUGCCAAAACAUAUUGAGGUCAUAGAAACUCUCCAGAGGGGUUGUAUGGGAGAUAAUUCUUUUUCAGUAGAAAGAAGGAAAAUCCAAAGGCUAAAGCCAAGUCAGUACGCACAUGUCAAUUUUAGAGAAGAUGAAAAUGAUCAGCAUGCUGAUUUAAAAUGCAGUUCACAUUUGAAGAGACAACACACUGCAGAUUUUUCAUCCUAUAGAGAUCAUAGUGUGCAACAUGGGAAAUUUGCCAACAAGAGAAUCGUCUCUUCUCCAUGCACUGUUGCACCUCAUCACCUUCUUCAGUCAGCAGUCAGAGAAGUUGUUAGUCCCUCUGGGUUGACCAGCUCAAAAUAUUCUGAGUCAGAAAUAAAAAAUUUACAUUCUGUGGUUGUGGAGAAUCCAGAUGCAGCAAGAGACACUGUUGCAGUCCCUCAUAUAUCAAAUCCUCAUAGAAGCCCUGUACCAGCUACAAAUAUUGCCAUGUGUGUGGCUGAUGUGGCCUAUGAGAAUGAUAUAGCUAGAGUCAGGCCCACACGAAGUGUCUGGGACAGGUUGGGGAAUCCAUUUAGUGAAGAGGUGAAUGGUUUUGAGCAAGAAAUGGAUGAACAUAUAAAAGGAUUUGCUAAAAAACAAGAAAUAGAAAGUAUAUUUUUAGAUCAAGACGAUAUAAAUUGUGAACAUGGAGGGUGGUUUGAUGUACACAGUCUACCUGGCAGAGGUCUCUUGAAUAGGCUGUAUAAAAACUUCACAGAAGAUAGAGCAAUGAUUGAGGAUAAGAACAUCAAGCCUGUAACUAAUGGUGAGGGAUAUAGAGAGCUGUGGGAGGAUGUCUCCAAAAUAAAUAUGCAUGCAAAUGCAACUAGCUCAAUGGGAAACAGACAACAAGGGUACAAGCGAGCCAGACAUCCACCAACAGAAUUAAUAAACAAGGACCAUGAAGAGCCAGUUACUCUAGAAUACAAGCUUUCUCAAACUCUGAACAAAAGUACAAGUGAAAGUAGAAAGCACAAUACCUCAUCUUUCAGAGCAGCAGAUACUUCGCAAAAAGUUGUGAAUAUAUCUGUGAAUGUGAACACUUGGAAACAGGCUCAUUUGGAGUCCGUGAAGGGUACAGUUGAUGAGGAAGCUGUUGUUUCAAGCACGACUCAGCAGAAACUGCAAGACCAAAAUGAGAUGUCUGUGGAUGAUGUAUUGGCAGACAUAAAUGAAAUGGGUCUUCUCAAAGAGAGUGAACAACUCACACAUACAUUUGAGAAAAAUGAUGUAGCAAGCAUACGAAGUAGAUUAUGCAAAGUUGAACUAGAGAUGGCUAAUUUACGUGCAAAGCAGGCCAAGUUCUGCAAAGAUGUACCAAAUGCUGGUACAGCAACCUCUGGAAUCCAAUCCUUGUUGCUAGACUCUGAGGAUAAUCUUGACUCACGGACAGUUUUUGUCAAUAAUGUACAUUUUGCAGCAACAAAAGAGGCACUGUCUUCCCAUUUCAAUCAGUGUGGAGAAGUGCUCAAGGUUAUUGUGCUAACUGAUGUUACAAAUGGACAGCCAAAAGGAUCAGCAUAUAUCAUGUUUGCUUCCAGAGAAGCAGCAGAGAGAGCGUUGUCAUUGAAUAAUACAUCAUAUAUGUCACGGAUGUUGAAGGUUGUGCCAAAAACUGACUCCCACUUUGAAGCAUCUCCUAGCUCUGUUCAGCCUUCUUUACAAUGCCCUCUUACACGCCCUGUCAGGUCUAUGGCAAGGGCUGCAUAUUCGAGAGGUUCACAAUUUUCUUUUAGGAAAAGCUCUUUACAAAUAACCAAUACUGGUUCUCAACAUUUUCAGUGGCGAAGAGAUGGAUCAAUGGGUGGAAGUAGUAGAAAUCCAGAAACUACUCCUGAACAAGCUCUGUCCCUGCAGUAAAUGGUAACCUGGUGGCCCUGGGAUCCAUGCAAUACACACGUUCUCUUACCUACAAUAAAGCUCCCACAGAAACUUUGUUUGAGAGUCCUGCUCCAACAUACACCUAAAAUAGAUUAUAGCGUGUUUAGUAUACCUACCUUUAAGGGUGCAUAUCAAGGAAGUUGUGAAUGUAACUCUGGGCACUUUAUGAAAGGGGAUGAAAAGCUAGCAUUAUGUGUGUAAGUAUAGCAGGGUUUGCAGCACAGCAAAUGGUGUUCAUCUUAAAUCUUUUCUAGCUGGCAUUUAGUCUAUCUUUGGAUCUUUAACCGAGUUUGCUCAAGCAUUUAUAAUGGUUAUGGUGCUGGAAGUUGUCAAUCCACGAGACAAAUUUUUUGCUUGUUAGCUCGUUUACAUUAACAAAAUUUUUCUCAUGAUUCACAAAAGAAAAGAUCAACCUAAGGGCAGCUUUACUUAUUUGACUAGUUGAAUCUAGUUGCUUCCCUACGAAAACAAUUAAGUUGCAUCUUUGGGUAAGGUACAGAAGGAUGAAAUGAAAGUUCAUUGUUCAAAGAAUAUUCUAUGCUAAUGAUAUUCUUUACUUUGUACGGAUUAUUUGUCUAAUGCUACCUGGGUAGAUUGCCAUUUUAGUUU